AUGGAUGUUGAAAAUGAUAGUGAUACAGAGACCAUUGGAGAAGAGAAUGAUGAAGGUGGAAGUUAUUCUAAAAGAAAGAUUGUCUCUAACUGGGAUCGGUACCAGGAUAUGGAAAAAGAGGCUGAUAAUGAAAGUGGAGAAUCACAGAGAGGAACGGAUUUCAGUGUUCUCCUUAGCUCUGCAGGGGAUUCCUUCUCACAGUUCCGGUUUGCUGAGGAGAAAGAAUGGGAUGGUGAAGCUUCAUGUCCCAAACAGAAUUCAGCCCUUUAUGUGGACUGUGAAUCACUGGUUCAAGCUCUUCAAGAACUGCCUCUGUCACUCCGACUCAACGUUGCUGCUGAACUGGUCCAGACCUCGGUUCCUUUAGAGCUUCCUCAGGUGAAACCAAAAAGAAAUGAUGACAGCAAAGGACUAGGGAUGCAGUUAAAAGGUCCUCUGGGCUCUGGAUUGAUCGGGUCCACCUCUGAGCUGAAAUCUGCCGCUGGCUGCUCCCUGUACCCGGGCAGAGGGAGCUCAAGGCCAGUGCCUCUCCAGGGCUCUCAGAAACCCGCCUGCAUGCCACAGUCCGCAGCAGCAGCAGACCAUUUGGAAGAAGAACUUGAUCUGCUGCUUAAUUUAGAUGCACCUGUAAAAGAGAGCAGUGACAUCCUACCAGAGGAGACAUCUCAGGACGUGAAAUCAGAGAAGGACGGGAAGGUGGCCCAAGAGGACGAAGUUCCUGUAAAACCAUCUGUGACUGAAGAGAAGAAUGUGGAAUCUGUGCAACCACAUACAUCAAAAACUGUGACUGAGGAAGAGCUGGAAGACUGGCUGGACAGCAUGAUUUCCUAA